CAGGAAAUAUUCACAUCUGAUUCUGACCUUCUUUUUUUUUUUUUUUUUUUUCUGAAUAAGAUGCUUAGCAUUGUUAAACAACAGUAUGUAGUAAUCUGCAUCAUUGAAUUCUAUCUUAUAAUUACACCCCCCCCCCCUGAAAAAAAAUUUAUCAGAUAAAUGCUAGAAAAUUGUGUAUAUCAUUUAUAUAUCAUAUGGUUGGCAUAGGUUUAUAUUGUAUAUAUGGGUGCACUACCUAGGGCUGAGGAUGAGUACUUCUCCAUAGAAUCUGUCCAUUUGUGCAUCUUAGAACAAGUCCUUGAUAGAAGCUCAGCAAGAGAAUCCUUAGUUUGCAGCUAUAAAAAUAGUUUCGAUGGAUUUGCAGCUAAACUCACAGAACAAGAGCAAAGAAAACUAAGAGGCAUGGAAGGUGUAGUCUCGGUAUUUCCAAGUAGAACCCUUAAACUUCAUACAACAAGAUCAUGGGAUUUCUUGGGUUUCCCAAGCACUGUAAGAAGAAUGCCUACCAUUGAGAGUGAUAUCAUUAUUGGCAUGAUUGACACUGGAAUUUGGCCUGAAUCUGAGAGCUUAAGUAAUAUGGGGAUCGGUCCUCCUCCUAGCAAAUGGAAGGGUAUUUGCCAAAACAUCACCUGUAACAAAUAA